CGCCGAGCAUGUUCCUCUGGCGGGGUCGGCGCCCCGAGGACGCGAUCCAGAAGGCCAUCGAGGCGGCCGUGGCGGCGGACAAAGCAGGGAAAUACGAGGAAGCGAUCGAUCUCUAUGCUUCGGGCAUCGAGAAGAUGAUGGCGCAGCUGGGGCAGCUGCCGGACGACGAGGCCAAGACGAAGCUGCGCCAGAAGAUCAACGAGUACAUGGUGCGAGCCGAGUAUCUCAAGGACUGGACGGCGGAGCAGGCGCGGAAGCAGCAGGCACAAACUCAGGACGCGUCUACAUCGAGUGUGCAGGACGGCAAUGCACGCACUGCAAGUGGACGGCAGCACCACAAGGCGGGGUACUCGAAGCAGAAUGCUGAACAUGCGCACACAAUUCUGGACGAGGUAUUGGACCACUCGCCUGGAGUGCAUUGGGGUGAUAUUGCGGGGCUGCAGGUGGCGAAGCAGAUCUUGCAGGAGGCUGUCAUUUUGCCUACGUUGCGACCGGAUUUGUUCACAGGAUUGCGAGCCCCACCACGCGGCGUAUUGCUUUUUGGGCCACCGGGAACAGGGAAAACGUUGCUGGCGAAAGCUGUCGCUACGGAGGCGAAAGCAACAUUCUUCAACAUUUCUGCGUCGUCGUUGACGUCGAAGUGGGUGGGUGAAGGCGAGAAGCUGGUUCGCGCACUGUUUGAGAUGGCCCGGGAGCUCCAGCCGUCUGUGGUUUUCAUGGAUGAGAUCGACGCCUUAUUGUCGACAAGAUCAGCGUCCGAAAACGAAGCAAGCCGAAGAAUCAAGAACCAGUUUUUCACUGAGCUCGAUGGAGCAGCUUCAUCGCAGGAGGAUCGGAUCCUCGUCAUGGGAGCUACGAACCUCCCUCAGGAGCUCGACGAGGCCAUCGUGCGUCGUCUGGAGAAGCGAAUUUAUGUGCCCCUUCCAGAUGCUCCUUCUCGCGAAGGACUCAUCCGGCACUUGCUCGGCAGCCAGAAGUUCUCGUUAUCGUCCAAAGAUAUUAAGCACAUCGUCAAGGCAACAGAAGGCUACUCUGGCAGCGAUCUCAAGGCGGUGUGCAAGGAUGCCGCUUUGGGUCCUAUUCGCGAACUCGGAGCUAAAGUGGCGAACGUGAAAGCUGAAGAUGUGCGAGGAAUCAAUGCAUCCGACUUUCAGGUGGCGCUUAUGCGGGUUCGGCCGAGCGUGUCCACGACAACAAUAGAGGCCUUGGUCUCGUGGAAUGAACAAUAUGGGGUGUCUGCAGUAUGA